CGGUGCUGAACGCGUGUAAUGGGAAGCGCUGCCUCCCUCCUCCAUGCGUAAAUUAUGUAGGGCAGGACGGAAACGCGUUUGCUACCUCCAUUUGAGAGAGAGUAAAAAAACACACAAAAAAACCCGGCCGGUGAUUGUGUGAAGGAGGAGGGGGGGAAAUAAAACAGGAAUCAAAUCAACAAAGAAAAAAAAAGCCACCCUCGUUUCCGAUCACCGUUUUUUUUCCUUUUUUUUUUUGACAGAGGAGGAGUAGCGCAUCACGACUCGCCUAUUGUGAAGCAAAGGAGAGGAAAAGAUGGACAUCACGGAUCAAGGAGCUCAAAUGGAGCCUCUGUUACCCACGGAGCAAAGUUCCCAAGAAAAUAAAGAUGUGAGAACCGAUGAGGAGGCGGUGGUGGACCGCGGGGGCACUCGCUCCAUGCUCAACACCAACUUCGAGAAGGAAGAAUUAGAAGGUCACCGCACUCUCUACAUCGGGGUUCACGUCCCCCUGGGCAGGAGGUCGCAUCGUCGCCACCGUCACCACGGACACAGACACAGGAAGCGGUCCAAGGAGAGGGACUCUACAGCUGACGAUGGACGAGAAUCCCCCUCACACACAGACACGCCAGCUCAGAGGGUGCAGUUUCUGUUGGGGACAGAGGAUGGCGACGAGGAACACAUCCCCCACGCCCUGUUCACCGAGCUGGACGAAAUCUGCCUCAGGGAGGGCGAGGACGCCGAAUGGAAGGAGACAGCCAGGUGGCUCAAGUUUGAAGAAGACGUUGAGGACGGCGGCGAGCGAUGGAGUAAACCCUACGUAGCCACCCUGUCUCUACACAGUCUUUUUGAGCUUCGCAGUUGCAUUAUGAAUGGCACUGUGUUGCUGGACAUGAGGGCCAACUCGCUGGAGGAGAUCGCAGACAUGGUUCUGGAUCAGCACGAGGUGUCUGGCCCCGUCGGGCAGGACGCCAGGAGGAGGAUCCGCGAAGCGCUGCUCAAACAGCACCACCAUCAAAACCACAAGAAACUGGCUAACCGCAUCCCCAUCGUACGCUCCUUUGCUGAUAUUGGCAAGAAGCAGUCUGAGCCUCAUUCCAUGGAUAAGAAUGGCCAAACAGUCUCGCCCCAGUCCCAGCCGACCAACACCGAGGGCAAGCAGGACGUCAGCCGAGAAAACAGCGCCGUCGACUUCAGCAAGAUUGACCUCCACUUCAUGAAGAAGAUCCCUCCCGGCGCCGAGGCGUCCAAUGUGCUUGUUGGGGAGCUGGAAUUCCUGGAGCGCCCCGUGGUGGCCUUCAUCCGCCUGGCUCCUGCUGUACUGCUCAACGGCCUGGCUGAAGUUCCCAUCACCACCAGGUUUCUUUUCAUACUGCUUGGGCCUCUGGGAAAAGGUCCCCAAUAUCAUGAAAUUGGCCGAUCUAUUGCUACGCUGAUGACUGAUGAGAUUUUCCAUGACGUCGCGUACAAGGCCAAGGACAGGAAUGACCUGGUGGCGGGCAUCGACGAGUUUCUGGACCAGGUGACGGUGUUGCCCCCCGGAGAGUGGGACCCCUCCAUCAGAAUAGAGCCUCCUAAAAACGUGCCCUCUCAGGAAAAGCGGAAGAUUCCCCCCGUUCCCAAUGGGGUGACGGAUCUGGGAGAGUCCGAGGAGCACGGAGGGCACGGCGGCCCCGAGCUGCAGCGCACUGGGAAGUUCUGCGGUGGGCUCAUCUUGGACAUCAAGCGAAAGGCUCCCCACUAUCUUUCCGACUUCACGGACGCCGUCAGCCUCCAGUGUCUGGCCUCCUUCCUCUUCCUCUACUGCGCCUGCAUGUCGCCCGUCAUCACCUUCGGGGGACUCCUGGGCGAGGCCACAGAGGGCCGAGUGAGCGCUAUCGAGUCCCUGUUUGGUGCGUCCAUGACUGGAAUCGCCUACUCCGUGUUUGCCGGUCAGCCUCUCACCAUCCUGGGCAGCACGGGGCCGGUUCUCGUCUUUGAGAAGAUCCUCUUCAAGUUCUGCAAGGAGUACGGCCUCUCCUACCUCUCCCUGAGGGCCUGCAUCGGCCUGUGGACGGCCUUCUUCUGCCUGCUGCUGGUGGCCACGGACGCCAGCUCGCUCGUCUGCUACAUCACGCGCUUCACCGAGGAGGCUUUCGCCGCGCUCAUCUGCAUCAUCUUCAUCUACGAGGCCCUGGAGAAGCUACUCCACCUGGGGGUGCACUACCCCAUCAACAAACACAACGACCUCCAGAAGCUCACGAUGUACUCGUGUGAAUGUGUAGAGCCCAGUGACCCCAGCAAUGAGACUCUUCGCUACUGGGAGGAGAGAAACAUCACGGCCUCACAGGUCAACUGGACCAUGCUGGAGGUCAAGGAGUGCGAGAUGUUCCACGGGGAGUUCGAGGGCACCGCUUGCGGCCCCCACGGCCCGUACAUCCCAGACGUCCUCUUCUGGUGCGUGGUCCUCUUCUUCUCCACCGUCUUCAUGUCGGCCUUCCUCAAGGAGUUCAAAACGAGCCGCUACUUCCCCACCAAGGUGCGGGCCAUCAUCAGCGACUUCGCCGUCUUCAUCACCAUCCUCACCAUGGUGCUUGUGGAUUACGCCUUGGGGAUCCCGUCGCCUAAAUUACAAGUCCCCAGCAAGUUCAAACCAACCAGGGAUGACCGAGGCUGGCUCAUUAACCCUGUGGGGCCCAACCCCUGGUGGACCACCAUCAUCACCUCCAUCCCUGCCCUGCUCUGCACCAUCCUCAUCUUCAUGGACCAGCAGAUCACAGCUGUCAUUAUCAACAGGAAGGAGCACAAACUGAAGAAAGGCUGCGGCUAUCACCUGGACCUGUUCGUGGUGGGGGUGAUGCUGGGCGUCUGCUCCGUGAUGGGUCUGCCCUGGUUCGUGGCAGCCACCGUGCUCUCCAUCUCCCACGUCAACAGCCUGAAGCUGGAGUCGGAGUGCUCGGCGCCCGGGGAGCAGCCCAAGUUCCUGGGCAUCCGAGAGCAGCGCUUCACCGGCCUCAUGAUCUUCACCCUGAUGGGCUGCUCCGUCUUCAUGACGUCCGUGUUAAAGUUUAUCCCCAUGCCAGUGCUGUAUGGAGUCUUUCUGUACAUGGGGGCUUCUUCUCUCAGAGGCAUUCAGUUUUUCGAUCGUCUGAGGCUGUUCGGCAUGCCGGCCAAACAUCAGCCAGACUUCAUCUACCUUCGCCACGUCCCUCUGAGGAAGGUGCACCUCUUCACCAUCAUCCAGCUCACCUGCUUGGCCCUGCUGUGGAUCAUCAAGACCUCCAAGGCUGCCAUCGUUUUCCCCAUGAUGGUGUUGGCCCUUGUGUUCAUUCGCAAGCUGCUGGACUUCAUCUUCAGCAAGAGAGAACUGAGCUGGCUGGAUGACCUGAUGCCAGAGUGGAAGAAGAAGAAACUGGAGGAUGCUGCGGAAGAGGAGGAGCACAGCAUUAUUGUGGAGGAGGAAGGCAUUGUGCAAGUGCCAUUAGAGGGACACUACAAGAGCGACCCAGCCACAGUGAACAUCACUGACGAGAUGUCCAAAGGAUCUUUCGGGAACGUGUGGAAGAGUGUCAGCCCGGCUGAGAGCUCUAAAAAGGAACCAAGCACUAAAAGCGGCGGCGAGAAGCGUCACAAGCGGCGGAGGCAUGACAAGAGCUUGGACAGGGAGACAAGUUUGUGAUGACACGUACUGGCGUCAGUCAGUAGAUCAAAAAAUCAAAAAAAACAACAAAAAACAAAAAAACAACUAUACCGUGCCACACUCAACCACCUUUGUACUGUGCUACACUGUGUUUUUUUGUCAUGUAAGUCUGUGUGCAAGUUGUGUAAAAUCUAAGAAACAUUUGUUAGGAAACGGUAUUAAUGCAAGGAAGACACAUUGGUGUUUUUUUUUUCUAUGUACUGUAAAUCAGUGUUUGGUGAUACCAGCAACAGAGGGAAGCCAGAAUUAUAUGACACCUACAGUAACUGCAGUGUCCAUGGGCCAAUUAAGUAAAAAUUUUAAACAGUUUUUAAACUUUAUUUGUAUUUUGUAUGUUUUUAUAUUUUUCCAACAGCAACUGCGAGUUGUCCUUUUAAAAAGAAAUAAAAAAAAACAAACCUGCCACAGCGAACCACAAAUACAUGUGGAGCAUUUAAUGCUGCUGUCGAAUUUAGCACCUCACGGAUAGAAAACUGAAAGAGUAGAUAUUUGCCAAUACUGAUCUAUUUCACCGGUAUGUAAAUGAGUUGGCUACAUAGCGAAACUAGUAGUUUUUUGAAAGUAUUAAAUAUACAUUUUAUAUAUUCUGUAUAUGUAAAUGUUUUUGUGACGGCGACCGCUCAUUUCACUCCAACGUCCUCUCCACUGUUGUUUUACGAACAAAUGUCUUUCCUCCAGUGAAGCAUAUCCCAACUGAGUCAAAGAAAUAGUCAAGGUCUCUGGGAAAUGAGCAUAUUAGCUUUGUUGCUGAGAAUUAGAUGAAGAGACUGAUACCACUCUUAUGUCUGUACGUUAAACAUGAAGCUUAAGGCUUGUUAGCUUAGCUUAGCAUGAAGACUACCGAAAAUGCUGAAGCAACUAGUCGUACUUUCUGGGAAAUGUGCAUAUUAGGAUGAGAUGAGUUUUAAACCACUCUCAUGUCUGUACACUAAAUAUGAGGCCAAGACAAGCAACCGGUUAGCUUAGCUUAGCACGAAGACUGAAACAAUUAGCCUGACUCUGCUCAACAGUAACAAAAAACGAUUUUCUGAGGAAAUCAGCAUUAGCUUUGUUGCUAAGAAUUAGAUCAGGAGAUGGUUAUACUAAAUAUCAAACUGAAUCCAUCGGCACAUUAGCUUAUCUUAGCACAAAGGCUAAAACUGCUAAAAUGACCAUCACACUGCUCAAGAGUAGCAAAAAUUAGUCUGACUUACUGAAAAAUAUUAUUCUUGACAAUUACAUGAGACGAUUGACACUACUCUCGUAUGUGUAUGCUAAAUAUCCUAACGUUAGCAGCAGGUUAGCUUAGCUUAGCGAAAAGACUGAAACAGUUAGCUUGAACUGCUUAACAUAAACAAAAACUGAUUUUCGGAGGAAAAUUGCAUUAGCUUCAUUGCUAAGAAUUAGAUCAAGAGAUGGAUUGUGCUAAUUAUUAUGCUUAAUAUCAAAACUGAAUCCAUCAGCAGAUUAGCUUAGCUUAACACAAAGGUUAAAAAUGGUAAAAUGACUACCACAACUCUCCUCAAGAGUAGCUAAAACUAGUUUGACUUUCUGACAAAUGUUAGCUUUAUUCUUGAGAGUUGGAUGAGACGAUUGACUCUAGCUAAGUAUGAUGCUAAUGUUAGCAGCAGGUUAGCUUAGCUUAGCCAAAAGUGGUGAAAGAUCUAGCUUGGUUUUGCUCAGGAGUAAACUAUUAAGUAUUAACUGUACCAAAACUCAAAGUGUAAAACUGCCUGAUUUGUUUGUGGCGUUCUUGCUAGCGAUCCACAGCUACAAGACACAUCUACUAUCAAUCAAUCUUUUAACUAUAACACAUUAAGCAAAUGAGCUUAUUUCCCAACUAUUUCUUCUGACUACACUAUGUUUCAGGGGCGUGAGGACAUGACAUUUUUAAACUAGCAUGGCAGCAUAGUUUGGGAACUUUUCAUAUCUCUUGCUAUUUGGCCUUGGCUUUAAAUAAUCAUAAUAAUAAUAAUGAAAAAGAUCAAAUUUGCAACUGCUGAACUUUUUGGUGACUGUAGACAAAGCUCCAUAUUCCAUGUGCAUACUCUUCGUCAUCAUGUCAGUAAGUGUCAUCCAUGGACAUGUGAUCUCCUCUCCAAAUGAUCCUCAGUGUGUUAGCAUCUGAAGCUAAUUAUUUAAAAAAAUAAAUGAAGAAAAAAAAAAAUACCUGCAUGAUGGUGAAGCAGUCUCGACUGCCUCACUGCAGGACCAUGGUUACUUCUAGAGAUGCAAUAAUACCUUUUUUCUGGGAAGGGCAACAUGUAAUAAAUGGUAAAGAGUCUUAACAAUGUAUAAUACAUAGUAUAUUUUAUUCAUGUAAAAUGUUACUAAUAUAUUACUAACAUGACGUCAAUGUUGGAUUGGGUUUUUCGUUGUAGAUGUUCUUUUCCCAUUGUCUAGUUGAUGGUCCUUAGUUUAUUAGAGAAGCUAAUAAUGGGUCAAAUUUAUAUCAGUAUCAAAUAUUUUGGCCACUUCUGUGUGGAAUUCUGCCUUAAAUUUGGUAGGAAUCGUCGUAACACUUUCUGUUUGAUAAUUUAAAGUCACCUGUAUAGAUCCGUUUAGAUCUGUUGUUCAAAACUGUGGUUUGUUUCAUGGGGAUGAACGAGAGCACGAGAGAGACACACGCAAAGAGUGAGAGCAUAAAUAAAGAUAAUAAACUGUUAAAAAAAAA